AUGACCACUGCAGCAGAUCUUGUACCCACAGCCUUUGAGGAGCAGCCCCGAGGCAGAUUUGCACCUCUUACUCUGGGUAGCAUUGAAGCCGAAUUACUCAGCAUCAAGCCGGAUCCCCGGUUCCCACACCUCAGCUUAGUAUGGCUCCAAUUCCCCAAUGCUGGCUUAACUUACAAUCGUGAUGGUGAGCGGAUCACAGCUACAGGUACGGCACAUGCAUGCUUCCACUUCCGAAACAAUCAACCCUUUGUUUAUUGGAUGGCCGAACGUAUGUCUAUCAACGCCGACUUGCUUGACUUUCCCCAACCGGACGAUGCCGAGAUGUUGGAUCCAGAAUCUGACCUUGAAUACCUGCCGGAGCCGGCUUCGGAUCAAUCUGAACCAAAUGUCACGAGACUUAACGCGGGUGCUUCCCCUGCGCUCCCCAUUGAUCCAGGCAACAAACGUCAUGUCCCAGCCCUUAAAAACAAUCAUGCGGGACAAUAUGAUUCACGUGCUUCCAACCACACCUUCACACCCAAUAAAAUAAUGGUACAGGACAACACAGAUACAAAAGACAACACAACCACACUCAAUAACCCGUCGGAACGUAACCUUCAAGUUCUAUUUACAACACAGUCAAUCAAGGAUGCCUUAGGACAAUUGGAAGGCACCGCACAAUCACAACGGAGAGAAGAAUUGGCAGGAUUUAAAGGAAAAGUUAACAAAGAGGGUCAAGGUACAAUUUCAGUCCAUGUCAAUUCUAAUUCAGAAGACAAUGCGCUUAAAGAAACCCCACUUCCCAGUGUCCAAGACGCAAUAUGGAGGUAUGUACCAUGCAUGGACUUGUUGUUUUCACGAGAAUUUUCAGAUAACAUAUGCAUUAAUACGGAGUCGGGACCAAAAUAUUUUACCCCUCCUUUUACUAUCCAAGCCUGGGUGGAAACACAUCAUUUAUAUUUGCCCGUUCCCGAACGAAAAUACAAUGCUAUCUGGUACCCAGACCUCUUUCAUUAUGAAUUCUCGUACGACGAACAACAAAUCAUAUGGGCUAUCUAUCAACAGCUUCAGAGAACUAACAACAUAACGGACACCAUUCCAAUGCACUUCAGGGAAGGGGGAUAUAUAGAGGGGUAUUACGAGUCAAUACCGCCUAUCUGGGCGCCAUUUGUAUGUAUCCGUUUUCCGAUUCUCAACCGGUUACUCGCUUGUGUUGCAGACGUAUGGCCUACCUCAAUAUUUGGUUCCUUUGUGGCCUUAAAACAAGCCAAACCGCUUGCUUCAGUCGUAAACAAGUCUCAGCAACAAGAAUCUGAACCCAAUGAACUACAUUAUUCCACUGCACCUCGAUCCAGCCCCAUCUCCUUACCAGAAGAUACUGAACUUCAACCUCACACAUUCACUACCCCCAUACACAUUUCAUACCACCUGCUAGGAUGA